UGCAAUAUCGCAUUCGCGGGGUACGUGCGCGGUUUCCGCACAUGGUGGGCGGUGCGCCGUGCCUGACCAUGGACGCGGCGUCGGACGUGAGCAGCGGCAGCGGCGCCGACAGCACGGCCGACGACCAGGCCGUCUGCCGCGACUACCUGCGCAACGUUUGCCGCCGCGGCCGGCGCUGCAAGUUCCCGCACCCGGCCGGCGCCGACGACGAGCUGGCCGUGGCGCCGGUGCGGCCCGAGCUCGUCACGUUCUGCCACGACUUCCAGAACGGCCAGUGCGCGCGGCCCAGCUGCCGCUUCGUGCACUGUGAGCGCGGCGACGAGGAGCUGUUCCGCCGCACUGGCGAGCUGCCGACCCAGGUGCUCGAGGCGGCCGUCAAGCGCGGUGCCGACAUCCGCGUCGGCCGGCACGAGGUGCCCGUGUGCAAGGACUUCGCGCGCGGCGAGUGCGCGCGCGGCGCCAAGUGCAAGUACCGUCACCUGACGUUGGCGGAGCGGCCGCCGACUGGCGCCGAGUCGUGCGAGCCGCCUGAGGCCAAGCGGCGACAUUUUGACGACUACUCGCACCGCGGAGUGGUGGUCCGGGACUACCGGCAGGCGCCGCUCUCGCGCGAGCCCAACCCGCACUCCAUCAUUGACUACCGGCUGAUCGAGGACGAGAACCGUAUCCUGCAGCGGCGCAUCCAGGAGCUGCAGAAGCAGGUGGACGACCUCACCACCACCAACGAGUUCCUGCUGGACCAGAACGCGCAGAUGCGGCUGGCCAAGCAGGCGGGCGGCGGCGUGACCAGCCUGGCCACCGUCACCGUGCCGGCCGUGUCCAUGGCCAGCUCGAUGACCAACGGCGGCGUGCCCACGGCGCCGCUGACCAUGUGCCCCAUCAGCCAGCCGAUGGUGGCGCAGGGCGCCGCGCCCCAGGUGGUCACUGUGCCGUGCAGCAUGGGCGCCGGGCCCGUCACGCUGACGCACACGCCCGGCUCCACGGCCGCCAUCGGCGUCAGCCUGGCGCCUGUCACGAUCCACCAGCAGGGCGCUGUCGUCUCCAUGGCGUCCAUGGCGUCCAUCAACCAGGCGGCCGUGGCCUCCAUGGCGAACAUGAACCCCAUGGCGGCGGCGUCCAUGGCGUCCAUCAACCAGCCGGUGGCAGUGUCAAUGGCAUCCAUGGCGUCCAUCAACCAGGCCGCCGUGGCCUCCAUGGCGAAUAUGAACCCCAUGGCGGCGGCGUCCAUGGCAUCCAUCAACCAGCCGGUAGCAGCUUCCAUGGCGUCAAUGGCCUCCAUCAACCAGGCGGCUGCCGCCUCCAUGGCUUCCAUGAAUAAUAUGGCGGCGGCCUCUAUGGCCUCUAUCAACCAGCCGGGUGCGGCGUCGUUGACGUCUAUGAACCCGAUGGCGGCUGCAUCAAUGGCCUCCAUCAACCAGCCAGUGGCGGUGGCGUCCAUGGCCUCCAUUAACACGGCCGCCGCUGCCGCUGCAGCUCAGGUGAACGCGCAGGUGGCGUGCUCGCUGAGUGGCGGCCCGAUCGUCUCCUACCCGAUCGUGUCGCAGCUGCGGCCGAUCCUGUCGUCCAACCUGCAGACGCAGUAGCCGCCCGACGGUGUGGCGCGGCGCGGCGCGGA